AUGAAGUCUAGUGUUGCGUCGCUGGCCUUGGCAGGUCUGCUUGUGGCUCCUGCCGUUGGUUUGGAUGUCCCUCAAAAUGUGCGCAACCUUUACAACUCAAUUCGAGCACAGGGUUCUUGCAAAAAGGAGCUGAAGGGCGGAUUCUACAGCCAAGAAGGCGACUCCAAGAAUUUCGGCUACUGUGGCGACCAUCUCGAUGACUAUGGUAUCAUGUACCUUCAAGGCAAGAAUGGUAACCUUGUCAACAUGGAUAUCGACUGUGACGGAGCUCUUGGCAAAGGCGACGGCAGCUGCGAUAGCUCCACAGACACUCAGGGCCAGACUACUUUCCAAGACACUGUUGCUGGGUACAACAAGGGCAUUAAGGAUCUAAAUGCUUACAUCCAUUCGUUUGUUGUUCUUGGCAAUGAUGGUAGUAAAUCUGGCUACGUCACGUUUAAGCCAGAGCAAUAUGGUAUCGAGCCGUUGUCAAUCGUUGCGGUCGUCUGUGGCGACAAGAUGUUCUACGGCGUUUGGGGAGACACCAAUGGCGAUGAUGGUCCUCCACUUAUCGGUGAGGUAUCCGACUCGCUUGGCAGAGCAUGCUACGGUAGCGCUGUCAACGGUAAUGAGGCCCACGACGACAACGACGUGCUCUAUAUCGCAUUCACCGGUUCUGAUGCCGUGCCGGGAGCCAAUGGGGCCAAGUGGAAUGCCAAGAGCUUCACUGAAUUUGAGUCAUCCUUGGAAUCCCUUGGUAACAAGCUCGUUCAGCGAAUUGGCAGCACUAGUGGUGGCGGCGGCGGCAGCAACCCUCCUCCUCCCCCAACUUGCUCAUGGACUGGUCAUUGUUUGGGGGCCAAGUGCUCCUCUGAUGGUGAUUGCGAUGGCGAUCUUGUUUGCAAGUCAAAGAAGUGCUCCAACGUUUGA